AUGGAAGACUUCUCGACCAAUAACCACUGCAUGCACUGCCAGGACCCAGAUGACGUAGACGAUAUGGUGCAGUGUGAUAUUUGCCAAAUGUGGGCUCAUUUCCGUUGUGCUGGAGUUUCGGAUGAUAUUAAGGACAGCCCUUGGAGCUGCGCAAAAUGCUGCAACCAGUUGCGCAUACCAAAGCAGUCGAAAAAGACGGCCAAAAGGGCAGGGGCCAGAAGUGAAGGAGGAUCGGUGAGGAGUGCAGUAUCGGUACUGGAUGCUUCGCUACGGCAGCUGGAAGAAGAGCAGUUGUUACAGGAAAGAGCUUUAGCAGAAGAUCGCGUAUUACGGAUGAAACGCUUGGAGAUGGAACGCGUACUCAAGGAAAAAAGGCUACAGCAAGAAAAAGAGCUUUUAGAUAAGGAACAACAGCAGGAGCGGGAGCUCCAAAACCGUCUGUUAGAACAAGAGCGAGAAAUGCUGGGAAAGCGUUUGGCUGAUGAGGUAGCUUUUCAAAAAAGACGACAGGCGUUGCGUCAACAGUUUCAGGAGCAAAUGGAAUCAGUCAAGGAAUUUGCAGAUGACGAUGGAGCUGUAGGUGGUGAUGAUUUUGAAGAAAGAAGUCAGGCGAAAGGGCUUUCGAGCAAAAAGAAAGUUCAGAACUGGUUGUUCGAACAAGGCAGAACACAUGGAAAACAAGAGGAUACGAUGGUCGAUCCACGGGGAGCUUAUCCCAAAGAAUCAAGAGGGCAAGUCAUUGAAAGGAAGCCUACGAGCACUCUAUCCAUAGAGGGAAGAACGGUGGAGGAACGAGAAGAAACCGCCAACCAAGAAACGGAGGAUGAAGAUGAAAAUCAUUUCAGCAAAGGGGAGCUUGAGCGUUUUGUGAAUCUAAUAAGAGGUCUUAGGCGAAACGGGUCGGGGCAUGAACCGGUCAGGUCUACGAAGGCUCGCCAGACUGAAUCCAAACUUCUGCCUACAGUCGAAGGAGAGCCAGGAAGGUAUGAAAGGAAAAUUCAGAACUGGUUGUUUGAUCACGGCAAAUCUCAGGAAAAUCAAGAAGAUGCUAUGGUCGGUACACAGGGAGUCGUUCCCAAAGGAUCCAGAAAACAAAUCGGUUCGAAGAAGCAUACGAGCACUCUAUCUAAAAUGGGAAGAUUGAUGGAGAAACUGGAAGAAAUCGCGAAUCAAGAAACGGAGGAAGUUGAGGAAAAUGAUAGUGAUUUCAGCAGAGAGGAACUAGAACGUGUCGCGAAUCUACUAAAAAACCGUAGGCGAAACGGGUCGGGGCACGAACUGGUCGGGCCUACGAAUGCACAGCUGGCGGCUCGCCAGGCGGUAUCCAAACAUCUGCCGAUAUUCAAAGGAGAGACAGAAGUCUGGCCAAUCUUCAUUAGCAGUUUAGAGUACACCACAAAGGCGUGCGGAUUCACUAACUUGGAAAUCGUGGUGCAGGAAAUCGUAGACAAACUUCCUCCAACCUAUAAAUUGGAAUGGGUUCGCUUCAAGCGGAGCAAAAUUGGCACUCCUCUCAGAGUCUUUACGGAUUUCAUGACCGGUAUAGUUUCCGACGUGUCCGAAGUAAGCGAGUUCUCAAUCGUGGAUUCGGAAGAUCCGCCCCGCUUUAGUAAAAUGCGACCAAAGAAGGAGUUCAUGCAUGUACACACCUCCACGUCGAAUGGAAGGGAGUUGUCACCGGACAGGAAGUCCAAAUUGCUCUGUUGGCUGUGCAGAGGAGCAGAACAUAAAAUCAGGUUUUGUGAGGAGUUUAAACAGCUCAGUGUUUCGGAACGCUUCAAAGUCGCAGAACGAUUCGGUUUGUGCGUUCUAUGCUUGAACAACCACGGAAAAAACCGCUGCAACUUCAAGCUUCGCUGUAAUGUGAUGAAUUGUCAAGGCAAUCAUCAUCCGCUUCUCCACCGCGCAAGCAAUACAGUGCCGGUGGUAGAAGCUAAAUGCAAUACUCACUCUCGCUUGAGUCGUUCCGUUAUUUUCCGAAUGGUGCCCGUGACCAUACAUGCUGGAAGCACUAUGUUGGACGUCCUGGCGUUUCUGGAUGAAGGUUCGUCAGUGACUCUAAUCGAGGACGAUAUAGUCACCCAACUGAAAAUAAGCGGGGAGGCCGAACCACUGGUUGUAACUUGGACUGGAAACGUGAAACGCUACGAAAAUCAAUCGAAGAAGGUGAACUUAACGGUGUCCGCGAGAGAUGCGGCCGAAAAAUUGCCAUUGCUCAACGUGCGUACAGUAACGCAGCUUGAUUUGCCAAAGCAACGUAUAAAGUUCCAGGAAAUCGCCGAGCAUUAUCCUCAUCUGCGUGACAUACCAGUGAAGGAUUACACCCUGGAGGAGCCAAAAUUAAUGAUUGGACUGGAUAAUGUGCAUCUAUUUGCUCCCAUUGAAUCGAGGAUAGGGCAACCGGGUGACCCAAUUGGCGUGAAGUCGCUGCUAGGCUGGACGGUAUAUGGACCAGUGAAACAACAACCAUCAAUGCAAGAUGCGUAUAUGAAUCUGCAUGAUGUAAUACCUGUUACGAAUCAGGAUUUACAUGAUAUCUUGCGAAACCAGUUUGUACUGGAGGAGGCGGGUAUUUCGGCUGUAGUACCAGAGUCGGUUGAAGACGAACGAGCUCGAGCUAUCUUGAAAGCAACAACGAUUCGAGUGGAUGGUCGUUUUGAAACAGGGCUGAUUUGGCGUGCGGAUCAACGACGAUUUCCGAACAGUUAUCCAAUGGCCGAAAGGCGAAUGAAGGCGCUAGAAAGAAAACUGGAGAGAGAUCCGGAACUACACCGCAGGGUAAACCAGCAAAUACAAGACUACGAGACAAAGGGCUACGCACACAAAAUUACCGCAAAGGAGCUCUCUGAAACGGAUCCAGCGAGUGUCUGGUAUCUCCCGCUAAAUGUUGUACUGAAUCCACGAAAACCGGGAAAAUUACGUUUGGUGUGGGAUGCGGCUGCGUCGGUAAAUGGAGUUUCACUGAAUUCCGAAUUGUUGAAAGGUCCUGAUAUGCUGACAUGUCUUCCUGGCGUAAUUCAACGUUUUCGAGAACGACGUUUCGGGUUCGGUGGUGAUAUCAAAGAAAUGUACCACCAGCUUCGAAUCCGGGUUAAGGACAAGCAAGCCCAACGGUUCCUAUACCGGUUUGAUUCAGCGCAGCCUGUGCAGAUUUAUGUGAUGGAUGUGGCAACGUUUGGUUCGACCUGUUCACCCUGUUCUGCGCAGUUCGUGAAAAAUCUGAAUGCCGAAAAUUUUGAAAAACAAUAUCCGGACGCAGCAGCAGCAAUCAUCGAAAAACACUAUGUUGAUGACUAUUUCGACAGUGUGGAUACCGUCGAGGAGGCGAUUAAGCGAGCAAGCGAGGUAAGACUGAUCCACUUACAAGGGGGAUUUGAAAUUCGAAAUUGGGUUUCCAAUUCCAAAGAGUUUUUACAAGCAAUGGGCGAGCAAUGCUGUAACCACUCCAUACAUUUUCAUCAAGAUAAGGAAACAGAAAUGGAGAGAGUUUUGGGAAUUGUGUGGGACCUCAAUAGAAACGUUUUAUCCUUUUCUACAACACCGCGGGUGGAUUUUCAGUCAAUGCUCUUUGGUGCUGAGCGCCCAACGAAAAGGGCCGUUCUCAGUUGUGUCAUGGCCAAGUUCGACCCACUAGGUUUCCUAUCGCCGUUCACGAUAAUUGGAAGAAUACUAGUGCAGGACUUGUGGAGGACGGGUUGUGGAUGGGAUGAACUGAUUGAUGAUCUGUCGUUCGAAAAAUGGACCAAGUGGACUAAAAUGUUGCCAGAGAUCGCCAAAAUUCAAGUACCGAAAAGUUAUUUUGGAGAGGCACGAUCUGAUCAGUACGAGAAUCUUCAGUUGCAUGUCUUCACCGAUGCGAGUGAAAAUGUAUAUGGCUGCGUAGCAUACUUUCGGAUCCAAAUUGAUGGGGAGGUUUGCUGUGCGUUAGUAAUGAGUCGAAGCAAGGUGGCUCCACUCAAACAACUUACCAUCCCGCGGCUUGAACUGCAGGCUGCUGUGCUAGGUGCCCGAUUGGCGGAAUCUAUUCGGCGCAAUCAUAGCUUGAAAAUUAACCAACAGUUCAUCUGGACAGAUUCGCGGAAUGUCCUUUCUUGGAUCAAAUCCGACCAACGGCGAUACCGACAGUAUGUGGGCUUUCGCAUAGGUGAUAUCCUCAGUCACACUAGCGUAUCGGACUGGCGAUGGGUUCCGACGCUAAAUAAUGAAGCGGAUCGAGUAACGAAAUGGAAGCGCGGAGCGAGCUUACACUCAAAUAGCUCUUGGUUUAAGGGAGCGGACAUUCUGUUCCGCAAGGAAAUGGAAUGGCCAGAGCAGCCCGUGAUACCGGCCAACAUCAACGAAGAACUGAAAGCGCAUUUGCUUGUCCAUGAUGUCACACUAUCGUGUGCACUUUUAGACAUAUCUCGUAUCUCAAAGUGGCGAAUUCUAGUGCGUACGAUGGCGUGCGUUUAUAGAUUCGUGUCCAACUGUCGGCGGAAAAUCGAAGGCCGUCCAAUUGAAACACUGAAGGCAACAAAGAGCCAGGCGAAGUACUUGAAGAAAGUAGAUUGGAUGAUGGAGCGUAAGCCUUUGAAGCAGGAAGAGUACGAGAAAGCGGAAUACUAUCUUUUUAAGGCUGCGCAGUCGGAAGUGUACGAGGACGAACUAAAAGUGUUGUUACACAAUCGGGAACAUCCGGUGGACAGAUGGUUAACUGUAGAGACGUCCAGUCCGUUAUAUAAACUAGCUCCUCUUGUAGACGAUAAAGGGAUGGUGCGUAUGGAAGGCAGGACGAAAAACGCAGAAUUUCUGCCCUUCGAUCUUCGUUUUCCGAUUAUUUUACCAAAGGAGCAUCCUCUGACAGCAAAGCUUGUGCAACACUAUCAUGAGAAAUUUGGUCACGGAUAUCGGGAAACUGUAAAGAAUGAACUAAAACAGCGAUUCUAUGUUCACGGUAUUGGAGGAGUCGUUCAAAAGGUGGCGAAGGCUUGUGUUUGGUGUCGAGUUAAUCGUAGUCGUCCACAUACUCCAAGGAUGGCGCCUUUGCCCAUCCAACGGCUAAUCCCAUAUCAACGUCCAUUCAGCUACGUCGGUGUAGACUAUUUAGGUCCAUUCGAAGUGGUGGUAGGUCGCCGUAAGGAAAAACGCUGGAUUGUGUUGUUUACUUGCCUGGUGAUACGGGCAAUCCAUUUGGAGGUGGCCUGCAGCCUCACCACGCAAGCAUGUUUGAUGGCUAUUCGAAGAUUUGUUUGUCGUCGAGGGCCGCCUUUGGAGUUCAUCUCCGAUAAUGGAACUAAUUUUAGAGGUGCGAGCAGAGAGCUUGAGGAGAUGGUCAGAAACAUUAGUGAGGAGUGUGCCAACGAAUUUACCAGCGCUCGUGUAAAGUGGAGUUUUAAUCCUCCAGCCGCUCCACACAUGGGGGGCGUUUGGGAGAGACUGGUUCGAUCGGUAAAAGAAGCGUUGGAGGUGAUGGAUGAUGGAAGGAAACUGACCGAUGAAAUCCUUCUUACAUCAAUGAACGAAGCGGAGGAUAUGAUUAAUUCGCGGCCGCUAACGUAUGUAUCGCUGGCAAAUGAUGCUGAGAUGUUAACACCAAACCAUUUUCUUCGGGGAGUGUCCCCGAAUGAACCUCAACUAACUCCUCCUUCUCCUCAUUCGGCAGAAGCGCUGCGGAAUGCUUAUCAGCGAUCGCAGCAGCUGGCAACACAGCUGUGGAAUCGCUGGAUUAAAGAAUAUCUGCCGACCCUUAAUCAACGAACGAAGUGGUUCAAUGAGACGAAACAAUUGGAAGUCGGAGAUCUUGUUUACGUCGUUGAAGGAGAUAAACGGAAGCAAUGGGUACGUGGAGUGGUCGAGGAACUUAUUGGGUCUAGCGACGGACGAAUACGGCAAGCUUGGAUUCGUACGAGAUCGGGAACGCAUAAACGGGCUACUGCUAAGUUGGCUGUACUGGAGAUAAGAGACAGUAACACUGAUCCGGAUGCGGUCAUCGAACCAGGAUUACGGGCCGGGGAAAUGUUGUGA